AUGCCCAAUGUUAUAUCUCAGAACAUCACGAACCGAAAACCACCAGCCCCAAAGCCCCUGACAGGAUCAGAAUCCCCAAGUGAAGAUCACAGCUACCAUGACGGAGUUCAGGCAAGACCGCUUAUCACCAUUACCACCACCAUCGUCCGGACCACCGAGCUACACAGAGCGGGCACGCCCACGCCCACGCCCCCCAGCUCUCCCACCGAGACCAGCAAGCCAGACACAACAAGGUUUACCAUCACACUCGCAGCAGUCACGCCCGCCAGCCCUUCCACCAAGACCACCGCCGCCGUCAUACACCCUACUCGCACCAACGCACGCCAAACCACCACCACCACCGCUCCCACCACGCCCCUCACAACCCCCCUGACAACCCAUUUUUCAGACCCACUAACAACCCACCGCCGCCUGACCCGCGCCCUAACGCGCGACACGUUAGGCUCCCUGAUAUCGACCUCGCGCGCAAUCUUCGACGACCUGGGCGUCGUGGGCAACGCGACGGACGGCUGGCUGGACCACGCGGGGGAGUGGAUCGCGGAGCAGAUUGGAGCCAGCGUGCUCGGGGACGUGGUGGUGGAGGUGCCGAGCCUGCUGAGCCUCGUGAUCGAGGACGCGACAGGGCGCGCCGCGAUCGGGGCCGUGGAGUUUGCGUCGGGGAUCGCAAGCGCGCCGACCGAUUUCCUGGCACAGGAGGUGCUGGGCCUGCUGACGACGGAUGACGUGGCGGCGGCCGGCACCGAGAGGCUGGUCGACGCCAUGCUGGAGCGGCUGAUCGAUGGCGGUCUCGAUCGGUAUGUGCGCUGGAAUGCAAGCGAGGACGGGGAAAAGAAGAGGAAGAUCAAGAGUCACUAG